AUGGCUCUAGACAGGGAACUUGACGUGGCGUGUGGGGGAGGUUCAGAGACAUCGGAAAACCGCGCUGAGAGGAAAGACGACGAGCAGCCGGGAGACAGGGAGACAGAGGAGGACACAGAGCGAGGAGACAGAAGCGACACCGGCGAGACAGGGACCGAGCGCGUGACGGAAGGAGACAGCCGGGGCGACCAGAGGCGGGAAGAGGCUGCUGUAGGCAGCCCCGCAAAUCCAAAUGCACCGCAAACGGGGCAAGCCAAUCCCUCCGCUUCUUCCCCUGCGUCCCAGCUUCGCGAAGACAGAGAAAGUGAAGGAGGCGGAGAAGAAGACAGAGAUGAAGAAGAAGAGUGGGAGGAUGUGGAGGAAGGGGAAAGCGAUGACCAACUUUCCUUUGAAGAUCCGAACGAAGAAAAGUCGGAUGAAAAGGCGACCGAAGAAGUGGAACCGAGGAUCGGCUGCCCUCACUACCGGCGCAAAUGCAAAGUCGUCUCUCCCUGCUGCGGCGAGGUUUUUUGGUGCCGACACUGCCACAACGAAGUCAAAGCUGACGGCGAGAGAGACUACCGGAAGGCCCACGAGCUGGAUCGGACGGCGGUCACGGAAAUCGUCUGUGCGGUCUGUGAAACCCGACAGCCUGUCAGCAACCAAUGCGUUCAGUGCAAGGCAACCUUCGCCACCUACUUCUGCGACAUCUGCAAGUUCUGGGACGACGACGGUCUAAAAAAAGAGGUGUAUCACUGCGAUGAAUGCGGUCUCUGCCGCACCGGCGGGCGGAGUAACUACUUUCACUGCAAAGUUUGCGGUAGCUGCUACUCAACGGCGAUUCGCGAUUCGCACAAAUGCGUGGGCUGCAAGAGUCUCGGGGAUUACGGAAGAUUUUGGGAGAGGCUGGAUGAGGAGGUGGCGAGGACGCCGUUGCCUGAUGAAUUACGGAGGAAAGCAACCGCAAUUUGCAACGACUGCGGCGCAAGAUCAGAAGUAGACUACCACAUUGUAGGACUCAAAUGUGGGAGUUGCGGCGGGUAUAACACCAGAGAGAUGAACGCAUGA